CUUAAACCUAGGAUAGCUUUAAAAGUGCCGAACGAGGAAGCAUCAUUUAUGUCAAUUGAACAAUGGAAAAUGUGAAUGAUGUGGAAAGUGCUUCAUCGCAAUCUGCAAAACUUGAGCCUCAAGAAAUUGAGCAAGAGCAGCCUUUAGAAGAACAAAAAUCCGUAGAAAAUAUUGAAGUUUUAGACGACGAGUCGGCGCAGCCGCGAUAUCAGAUUCGACCUCGUCUUUCUGAAAAGUUUAAACCUCUCACUGCAAAAGAAGUCAUAAAUAAUGUACUGUUCGAUCAAUUAUCAACAAAAACAUACGAUGCAGAGGAAGCGGUUCAAUGGAGCAAAAACAUUGCGGAUACGAUAAGAGAAAGGGUUAAAGCCGAAUUUCAGUCUCCUCAUUACAAGUAUAUUGUAAACAUUGUUCUGGGAGAACAGCACGGAGCUGGGGUAAAAAUGGGAACGAGAUGUAUCUGGGAUGCCGAAGCCGACAGUUAUGCAUAUGACACCUUUGUAAAUGACUCUAUAUUCUGCGUGGCUACAGUUUAUGCUGUACACUUUUACUAAGCUCGUGUUUACGAUAUUUUUAUACCAAACACCUCCUCGUAUGU